ACAGCCUUCCACCACGGAGAUCCCAGCUGUCAGCUGCCUCACAGGAAGAUGUGGCACCAGCAGCGCAGCCCUGUGGGUAUGCGUGUGGCCACAGCCCUGGGAGUGCUGUGGUUCUGCCUCACAGGCGCGGUAGAGGUCCGGGUCCCCGAAGACCCAGUGGUGGCUCUAGUAGGCACUGACACCAUCCUGCGCUGCUCCUUCUCGCCGGAUCCCGACUUCAGCCUGGCGCAGCUCAACCUCAUAUGGCAGCUAACAGACACCAAACAGCUGGUGCACAGCUUCGCGGAGGGUCGGGACCAGGGCAGCGCCUAUGCCAACCGCACCGCGCUCUUCCCGGACCUGCUGGCUCAGGGCAACGCGUCCCUGAGGCUACAGCGCGUGCGCGUGGCAGAUGAGGGCAGCUUCACCUGCUUCGUGAGCAUCCGGGACUUCGGCAGUGCCGCGGUCAGCCUGCAGGUGGCAGCCUCUUACUUGAAGCCCAUUAUGACCCUGGAACCCAAUAAGGAUCUGCGGCCUGGAGACACGGUGACCAUCACGUGCUCCAGCUACGGGGGCUACCCCGAGGCCAAGGUACUCUGGCAGGACAGGCGGGGUGCGCCCUUGACCAGCAACGUGACCACAUCGCAGAUGGCCAACGAGCAGGGCUUAUUCAAUGUGCGCAGCGUGCUGAGGGUGGUGCUGAGCGCCAAUGGCACCUAUAGCUGCUUGGUGCGCAACCCUGUGCUGCAGCAGGAUGCCCACGGCUCUGUCACCAUCAGGCCCCACAGAAGCCCCACAGGCGCCGUAGAGGUUCAGGUCCCUGAAGACCCAGUGGUGGCCCUGGUGGGCACAGAUGCCACUCUGCGCUGCUCCUUCUCACCCGAUCCUGACUUCAGCCUGGCGCAGCUCAACCUCAUUUGGCAGCUGACAGAUACCAAACAGCUGGUGCACAGCUUCGCGGAGGGUCGGGACCAGGGCAGCGCCUACGCCAACCGCACGGCACUCUUCCCGGACCUGCUGGCUCAGGGCAACGCGUCCCUGAGGCUACAGCGCGUGCGCGUGGCUGAUGAGGGCAGCUUCACCUGCUUCGUGAGCAUCCGGGACUUCGGCAGUGCCGCAGUCAGCCUGCAGGUGGCAGCUCCUUACUCGAAGCCCAGUAUGACCUUGGAGCCCAAUAAGGACCUGCGGCCUGGAGACACAGUGACCAUCACAUGCUCCAGUUACCGGGGCUACCCCGAGGCCGAGGUAUUCUGGCAGGACGGGCAGGGAGCGCUCUUGACCAGCAACGUCACCACAUCGCAGAUGGCCAACGAGCAGGGCUUGUUCGACGUGCGCAGCGUGCUGAGGGUGGUGCUGAGCGCCAACGGCACCUACAGCUGCUUGGUGCGCAACCCCGUGCUGCAGCAGGAUGCCCACGGCUCUGUCACCAUCACAGGGCAGCCCAUGACAUUCCCACCUGAGGCCUUAUGGGUGACUGUGGGGCUCUCCAUCUGUCUCGUUGCACUACUAGUAGCCCUGGCCUUUGUGUGCUGGAGGAAGAUUAAACAAAGCUGUGAGGAGGAAAAUGCAGGAACUGAGGACCAGGAGGGGGAUGGAGAAGGAUCCAAGACAGCCCUGCGGCCUCUCAAACAUGCUGAAAGCAAAGAAGAUGAUGGACAAGAAAUAGCCUGA